AUGAAUUUGACAAAGAAACAAGGGAAAUAUAUUUGGGAUGUUAAGUGUGAGACUAGUUUCCAGGAGCUUAAGAAGCGAUUGACCAUGGCACCAGUGUUGGCUUUGCCAAAUGGGAAUGAUAGCUAUACGAAUUAUCCAACCUAUGAUUUAGAACUCGCAGCCAUUGUGUUUGCUUUGAAAAAAUGGCCGCAUGAUUUCUAUGGAGUGACAUUUGAGGUAUAUACAGACCAUAAGAGUCUUAAAUACUUAUUCUCCGAGAAGGAGCUAAAUCUGAGACAACGUCGGUGGGUGGAGUUCUUAGAAGAUUACGAUUGUACCAUUAUUUACUAUCCACGAAAGGCCAAUGUUAUAGCAGAUGCUUUAAGUCGGAAGGCUCAAUUAGCAAGUUUAAUGGUAGGAAAGUGGGGCCUGUUAGAAAAUGUUUGUGAAUGGAACCCUCGUCUUGAGCCGCAUAAAGUUAUUUUUGAAAAUAUUGAGAUGAAGUCGACAAUAUUGGAUAGAAUUAAAGAGGGUCAAAAGAAAGAGCCAACAGUACAAAAGUGGGUGAAAAGAGUGAAGAAAGGAGAAUUAUCUGAUUUUAACCUAGGUCCUGAUGGGAUUCUAAGGUUCCGAAAUCGCGUUUUUGUAGCAAAGGAUGAGGAACUGAAAAGGGAGAUUUUGGAAGAAUCUCACCGCUCUAGGUAUACGGUGCAUCCAAGUAGUAGUAAGAUGUACCAGAAUCUCAAAAGUCUGUAUUAG